AUGCCUUUACAGAAAUCUUUCAUCCUGACAUUCGCUUUGUGCGCCUGCUUGGCAUCUGCUGAUGUCUCACACCUUUCCUCCAGCUAUUUGCCACCUGCGAACUCUGGCUCGGAACCGGAGCAUGCGAUCAGCACCAGCAUUGAGCAGCAGCAGCUGCGGGAGUUGCCCGAGCAGGUCGACUCCAUGAAUCAGGGUCUCAUGGAGGACUUAACACCACCCGCUCCAAUCGACUCCAUGCCUGCUGCGCGUUAUCUGCCACCUGCAGAGCCUAUGCCGGAGCUCAAAGCAGCCGAACCAGCCAUGGAGUAUAUGGCACCCAUGCCCGCCGAAGAGCAGCCCGCUAUGCGCUAUUUGCCACCUGCUGUACAAGCCACGGAGCCUCAGCCCACCUAUCAACAGUAUCAGGAGGAGCUGGCCAGACAACAAAUGCUGGAGCAGGAACAGGAACAGCAGGAGCCACAGGAACCACUGGAAGAGCAACAACCAGCCAUGAGCUAUUCCAUGGAUGAGGCACAACAACCAAUGGCUCCUUCGGAUAUGGACAUGAUGGCUGCCUAUGAGGAGGCGCAGCCCUCCCAUGAACUACGGGACGAUGGCUACCACUAUAAGGCUGUGGAGACAGAACAAAGUCUGAGACAUUAG